AUGGAGAGAUUGCACUGCCUUGAAUCCUUGACGCUGGAAUUCAAGGGAUUAUUUCCAGCAGCUAUAAGCCUUUCUCAUUUGGAGCAUCUCCAGAAGCUCCAUUUGGAUGGGGAAAUAAAGAAGCUACCUGAUCCACACCAAUUCCCUCCGAACCUCAUCAAGUUAAGUUUGUUUAAUUCUAAUCUCGAGGAAGAUUCAAUAGUUAAGCUUGGGAGGUUGCCAAACCUAAAGAUGCUUCUCUUGGGAUCCCGUUCAUACAAUUGGACAAAACUGGUUUGCUCCUCGGAAUGGUUUCCUCAGUUGCACAUUCUACAUUUACAACAUUUAAAGUUUAUGGAGGAAUUGAUAGUGGAAGAAAGGGGAAUGAUGAAGCUCAAGAAUCUAAAGAUAGACCACUGUCCAAGAUUGCGAAAGAUUCCAGAACGAUUUAAGUUAUUGACUACAUACUCUUGA